GUGCUAUCAAACCAUCCAAGUUUCCUCUUCGGUACAAGGUCUGCAAGGCAGCAAUAACAAGCUAUAGCUAUCCUCUUCAAGCCAAGAACGCUUAGAGAUCGAUCUGUUCACAGACACGACAUAUAUAUUAGAAAGCAGAUAUGGACCGUGUGAUGAAGCUGGCGUCAGAGCGUGCGGUCGUGGUCUUCACCCUGAGCUCCUGCUGCAUGUGCCACACCGUGGCACGACUCUUCUGUGACCUCGGUGUCAAUGCGCUUGUGCACGAGCUAGACCAGGACCCUAGGGGAAAGGAGAUGGAGAGAGCUCUCCUCAAAAUGCUUGGGAAAAGCCCGUCUGUUCCGGUGGUGUUCAUCGGCGGGAAGCUUGUCGGCGGGACAAACAGGCUCAUGUCUCUGCAUCUCAGCGGCGAGCUGGUCCCAAUGCUGAGGAAUGCAGGCGCCCUCUGGCUAUAGGCCAGCAAAGGGUUUCCACUCGGAAAUAAAAUUUUGUCAAAGACUGUGAAGUAUCUGCAUUUUAUACUUUCCUAGAAUAACCUAAUGACCUAGUUUA